GAUCUGGAUUUUUAGGGCUCGAUGGAUAGCUCGGAAUGCGUGCGGGUGGCCGUGAACAUCAGGCCGUUGAUUACCUCCGAGCUUUUGGUCGGCUGCACGGAUUGCAUUUCCGUCGUUCCCGGUGAACCUCAGGUGCAAAUUGGGACUCAUACAUUCACCUACGAUUAUGUGUAUGGUAGCACAGCACUGCCUUCUAGCUCAGUGUAUGACGAUUGUGUUGCUCCACUGGUGGAUGCACUCUUCCAUGGAUACAAUGCUACUGUGCUUGCUUACGGCCAGACGGGUUCGGGGAAGACGUAUACGAUGGGCACUAACUAUUCUGGGGAAGGAAGCACUGGCGGAAUCAUACCGAAAGUGAUGGAAACUAUUUUCAAAAGAGUGGAGACAACAAAAGAUAACACAGAGUUCUUGAUCAGGGUAUCGUUUAUUGAGAUAUUCAAGGAGGAAGUGUUUGACUUGCUUGAUCCAAAUUCAUCAACUCUCUCUAAAAAUGAAGGGGCAGCUACUACAAAGCCUAUAGCAAGAGUGCCUAUCCAAAUUAGAGAAACAGUGAGUGGAGGGAUAACACUUGCUGGUGUGACUGAGCCAGAGGUUAGGACGAAGGAAGAUAUGGGAUCAUAUCUGGCUCGAGGUUCUUUAGCUCGUGCUACAGGGAGCACAAACAUGAACAGUCAGUCAAGUCGCUCACAUGCUAUAUUUACAAUAACCAUGGAGCAAAAGAAGAUUUCUCACUGUCUGAAUGGAGCAAAUAAUGAUGAUAUCGGUGAUGACAUACUAUGCGCAAAACUCCAUUUAGUUGACCUAGCAGGUUCUGAGCGGGCAAAACGGACAGGUGCAGAUGGCAUGCGCUUGAAAGAAGGCAUUCAUAUCAACAAGGGUUUACUUGCUCUCGGAAAUGUGAUUAGUGCCCUGGGAGAUGAGAAAAAGAGGAAAGAAGGCGGACAUGUUCCCUACCGUGAUAGCAAGUUAACUCGCUUGUUACAGGAUUCACUAGGAGGAAACAGUAAGACUGUGAUGAUUGCUUGUGUUAGUCCAGCUGACACAAAUGCAGAAGAGACCUUGAAUACUUUAAAAUAUGCUAACCGUGCUCGCAACAUCCAGAACAAGGCAGUGAUCAAUCGUGAUCCGGUGGCUGCUCAGUUACAAUUGAUGCGCAGCCAGAUUGAGCACUUGCAGACUGAACUUCUAUUUUACCGUGGUGAUACUAGUGCACCAUUUGAAGAACUGCAGAUUCUUAAACACAAAGUGUCAUUACUCGAAGCAAGCAACAUGGAGCUGAGGCAGGAGCUUCAGGGACGCCGAAUAACUUGUGAACACCUAACACAGCGUGCUCUUGAAGCUCAGGUUGAAAAAGAUAAACUGGCCAUGAAAAUUGAAGCCUUCCGAAAUGGUAAAUCUUGGGAUGAGAUUGACUCCAAUCCAGUUCAGGAAUAUGACAUGCUGAAAACUUAUGUAUCGAAAAUUCAAGAGUUAGAAGGGGAAUUGUUAUGCUUGAAAAACUCACAAAGCAGGAGACUUGUUGACUGUGUAGAGGCAGAUGGUGAUGGCUUUCACUCAAACAACAUAUUAUUCCCCUGUAAUGAUGAAUAUUCAUCUGAUUACGAUACCAAAGCUGGGGAUGUUUCUGAUGUGAUAGAUGUAGAAAAAGAGCAAGAACAUUCUUCUCUUCAAGAAAAACUGGAUCGGGAGCUGAAAGAAUUGGACAAAGCUCUCGAGCAAAAGGAGGCUGAAAUGAAGCGGUUUACAAGUUCUGAUACCUCGGUUCUUAAGCUGUAUGAGAAGAAGGUUCAUGAGUUAGAACAUGAGAAGAAAGCCCUUCAGAGAGAGAUUGAAGAGUUGAGACAAAAUCUUUCAAAUAUCUCAUCUACUUCUGGGGAUGGUGCUCAAAAGUUAAAGGAGGAUUAUCUACACAAGUUGAACCUUCUUGAAGGACAGGUUUCUGAGUUGAAAAAGAAACAGGAUGCUCAAGCCCAAUUGUUGAGACAAAAACAAAAAAGCGAUGAGGCUGCAAGGAGACUACAGGAUGAAAUUCAGAGAAUAAAGACUCAAAAGGUUCAAUUGCAACACAAGAUCAAACAGGAGUCUGAGCAGUUUAGAUUAUGGAAAGCAUCACGAGAAAAAGAAGUUCUUCAGCUUAAGAAAGAGGGAAGGAGGAACGAGUAUGAGAUGCAUAAGCUGUUAGCUUUAAACCAGAGGCAAAAAAUGGUUUUGCAACGAAAGACAGAAGAAGCUAAUAUGGCCACAAAAAAGCUAAAGGAGCUUUUAGAAUCCAGAAAGACUUCUUCACGUGAAACUUCUGGUCAUAAUGCUCAUGGUAUUCAGGCUCUGAUGCAGGCAAUCGAACUUGAGCUUGAAGUCACAGUUAAGACACAUGAAGUAAGAUCUGAGUAUGAGCGGCAAAUUGAAGAGCGUGCUAUGAUGGCCAAGGAAAGAACCAAGCUAAUAGAAGAACAACGUAAUUUAAGUGAUUCCUCGGAAAUAAUGUCUCCUGGUGCAAGAAAUUCAAGGAUUUUUGCUCUUGAAAACAUGCUUGCUACUUCUUCUAGCACCAUGGUAUCUAUGGCAUCACAAUUGUCAGAAGCAGAAGAGCGCGAGCGGGGUUUCAAUGGCAGGGGGCGUUGGAAUCAAGUUCGGUCUCUUACAGAUGCCAAAAUUUUGAUGAAUCAUCUGUUCAACUUAGCUUCUUCCUCCAGGUGCCUGUUACGAGAUAAAGAAGUUGCAUACAGAGAGAAGGAUUUGGAAAUAAGAGAUUUGAAGGAAAAAGUAGUAAGCCUCAGUAGUUCGCUCAGGAAGCUGGAGAAUAAGAAUGCUGAACUUAUGCAUCAGAACUCAGCGUUGAAGAAAUCUGAAAAUGGACACAAGUAUGAUUUGCGCAAGCUAGAUUCACGGACAUCAUUCAUCUUGGAGGACAUGGAUAUAUCUGACUCAGAUGAUGAGUGGAUAGCCUCAGGAAAGCCAAAGACUAAAAAGAGAAAGUCCAAAUAUGGAAGUUCAAGUGAGGGAUUCAAUGCGCAAAGUACUAAUGAUUCUGGAGGCUUCAAGUUAGAUAGUGCUGGUGAGGGGAUAGUCAGUGUUGUGAAGAAAAGCGAGUUGGGUGUAUGCUGCUCUUGUAGCAAGACUUCCUCCUGCAAAACAACUAAAUGUCAAUGUCGAACUACUGGCGGAGCCUGUGGGCCAUCAUGUGGUUGUGUGCCUGCUAAGUGUUCAAAUAGAGAAUCCAGCCUAGUUGAGGUACAUGGGUCUCCAGAAGGAGAAACUGCUCAAGGAAUUGGAAAUGAUGAAGGCACUGAUGAAACAGAGAAGAAUCAGCAUCUAGCUUCUCAGGGUGCCAGGUUACUUCAGAAUGCAUUAGUUGAGAGGCCUAGUGAAACAACUGAUGAUGGUGGACCAAGAAGGAAAGCUCUUUCAGAGAUCGGAAAUACGUUGGCCAAAUCCAAUGCACCGAAGCCUAACCAGAGAAAGAAAUGGCGAAGAACCACAAUCCAACUGGUUACAAAUGCUCCGCCUCCCUCGCAGCCAGCAACUGCUGAAGCACCUCAAAGGGCAGAUAAAGGGGCACCAGAGGUACCCAUCCCUAUGAAGCUUCCUCAAGGGGCAGAUAAAGGGGCACCAGAGGCACCCAUCCCUAUGAAGCUUCCUAGGGCAAUGCGAUCAGCUGCAUCAAAUGGUGGCAACUUAUUUAGAGAAAGGAAUUCUGAUAAAGCAGAUCAAUCUGGUGUCAAUAAGGAGGCCGGUGUUCCUGCUCCAAGAAGUCCUCUGCGGCAGAACAAAACAUCAGAUGAGAAGGAGAACUGUGGCCUUUAAAUAUCAUUUCUCCUUAGAAGAACCGUGGCAUUAUUUAUACCAUUAGUGGCGCUAAGCUGUGAAGCUGGAGAUGUAUGUCUGGUACCGAUGAUGUAGGUUAGUUGAUUCACUUGAUUGUGUUCAAGGCGGCUAGUAAUGGCCAAAAUACUGCGUCUACGAGGAUUGAUCAGUCCCAAAAGCCUUUGAGUUUCUGUUUGAUUGCUGAAGAGAGAUGUAGAUGCUUAGGUGUUUCUUUGGUGUGUUUAGAUGGUCCUCAGGAGUGUUGUUCAAGUUACUACCUAUGCACCAUUGAGAGAUAUUGCCCACAUUAAUUCAAUCCGACACAUUGUUCAUAAAUUUGUUAUGCAAUUGGUCUUGGAAUUGUAGCACAUGUAGUCACAAAGCGUUUGCAGGUGGUAAACCGAAAAGAAGGUAUCAGACUAUCAGUCCAGCAGCACUCGUCAACGUUGUUCUGCACCACUUCUGCCUGCCCAUUUGCCCAUCCCCAAAUUAGUUGAUAUGAUGAUCUUUAGGCUAAACAUUAACAAGUAAAAGAUAUGAUUAAUGGACUACAACAGAAAUUAUGAACUUUGUGAGAUGAAUGUAUCAUGACAUCUAAGAAAGCAUGCCCAUGCUUACUUGUCAAUGUUGAGGUGAACAAUAAGGUGAUGAGUUC